ACCAAACACACACGACAAGUCCACCAAGCUAGCAGGUUUAAGGUCGACCGUCAUGAGAUUUGCUAGGAUCUAUAUCGUCGCAUUCUUAUUGGUGCACGCGCUCUGCAACGCGGAGACUGCCGGAAAUAGAGAGAUCAAGGUGAACGACUCGGAUAACAUUGAACGUCGUCCCGUUAUCGAAGAUGCUGCAGAUGUUGAGGACGCUGAUAGCGGAAGCGAAGAGGAAAAGGAGCAGGAGAACGUUGAGGAGGUCCUGCCGAUUUUACCACCGAUAAUACUAUUAGAUUUUGAUAACGGCACCAUCGAUAAUGCAACUGGAAUCGACGAGAAAUCGAAGCGCACCGUGAACAAUGACUUCGGAUACGGUUUUGAUCGGAACUCCCUGCUGACUCCGAGAAAAUACAAUUAUUAUUUUCCCGCGGGAAAGACCGGAACCACCGUGAGCAUAGAGGAAUCUAUCAGCCCAUUUCUCCCGAGGACAAUAAUUGAAAAAAUACCGUCAAGUAGUCAGAAAUUGAUUUCCAACUCGUUCGCAGAUCUCGGACAACACGGAUCGUAUAGGGCGCGCGGCUCGACGGGAUCACAUCCCACGAGUUAUCAGUAUUACAAUUCAAUGACGAAGUCAUCGCCAGUAUUUGGAUUGCGAACAAAAUUGAUGAAGACGUCCGAUUCUGAACCUUACCAGGGAUUCUUGCCGAUUACGAGACCCUCCGUCGAGGCGUACUCAAACGUGGAUUAUCAGGAGGGCAGGUAUGCCUCCACAACGCCGCAAUCUUUGGAAUUCAGUGCCACAGAGACAGCAACGGCGGGGGGUUUCGUCACUCCGAGUCCGCAGAGUUACACGGCCUCCAGUUCGAGCCGAUAUACCUACGUCACGCCGAGUCCGCCGUCGUACAUUCAAAGAUAUCUCGGGCAGAGUUCACAGCACGUGGCAAACGUGCAGAGUUACCCCAGACAGGCGCACAGCGCUGUGAAAUCUUCGACAUCGCAGCCUCUCGAGGCUGCUGCUCUUGUUGCCGAUCAGCCGAAUUAUACUCGAUCAGGCUCGAACCACGCGGUGGAAUCCUCAACGUCUGGAUCCGACGAGGUGCCCGGUUACUCGGAGAACACCGGACAAUUCGCUAACCUGCCUCGAUACACGGUGGAGAACGGCGUUAAAUACGAGAAUAAAAUAUUCUGGAAGUAUCCGGAUGGCAGAGUAUCCGACGUACCGCCUAUGACGUACGAGACUUACUCUGAGUACCCAUCAUUGGCCGCGUUACAAGCUGCUAGAAACCAAGAUUCAUCGCAAACCUACGAGUCCGUCUCCACAGAAAACAGCGUGUUGUCGCAGGGUCCAGUACAGUUCCCGAUGGCACCGGAACCUACCGGUUCACGAACCCCAUUCAUCUCGGCUAAUUCUUUGUCUCGCUUGCAGCAGCAGCAGCAAGCGUUUCGGUUGGGUUAUCAGAACUUUAUCGGCCAAAAGCAGGCAAUUUCGCAGCAGACCAAAGCAAGCAGCGGAGUCUCACCUACAUACUCGGUCUCUUCGACAACCUUAUCACCGCGAAAUUCUCUCAAAUUAAAUGGGAAAAAUCCAAAAAAUCGAUAUGAGACGCUAUCAAGACAACCGAUCUCGAAAUAUAUGAUAAAUAGUCCGAAUCCGGAAUACUUUAACAAUCCAAAGCCUACCAGGCCUUUUGUUCCAUCAGCUGGCGGAAACUCGGCAAAAAAGAUGGCGGCAGGCAACAAGAAUUUGGACGGUUACUCGAAUUUACAGUACUCGGACUUACUGAACUAUAACCCAUCCAUCUCGCAGUAUAUAAAAAAUCCCGCGUCUAUCCUCAAUGUGCAACCAACCUUUGUACAAGCCGGAAAUUCCUUGAUACCCGUUAUUAUUCUGAGAGUAGAUGGUGUGCCGCCUAUACAACCUAAGGCUACGCCAAAUGUGAAUUUGAAGGCUCUUCUGCAGCAAUAUUUGAUUCAGUAUGCCAAAAGUAUCGAAGAAUUGGCGCGACAGUCUAAUUACGAUCUUGGCGACGAUCAAUCUUCGAAGGAUCAACAUUCAUUUUCCACGAGUCCUCUGCAUGAACUGACGCGACUGGCAUCAAAUGGUGGCACUCGAGAUUUGCUCGGUAAUCCUACAGAAUCCUACAUUGGCAAAUCGAGUUAUGAAACAAGCAAUCUAGAUAUCGAAAAAGAUCCUUCGAGCGGAAGGUAUGGCGAGCGCACGGCGACCCGGCCAAAAGUGAAGAGCGUACAGAUUAUAGAAGAUCCAAGACUCGCAAAUCAUAGGAUUUGAAACAAAAUUGCACGUAUAUCGUAAAGAAUAGAAAGCUGCGGAGAUAUGCUUUGAUUUUUGUGUCUUAUUGCUGAAGAAUUGCCUUUAGAUAUUUUAUAUAUAUUUAAAUUAAUUAUAUCCAUUUUGGGAUAUA